UCAACUGUCCCAAGAGGCAACUACGACCAUAUACAUUUUUGGAGCUGAGCGAGGGAGGGAGGGCACUCUCUCAUUCUCUCUCUCUCUCUGCUGCACCAUUCUUCUUCUCUCGUUCCUGUUAUAGCCGAAACCCUUUUCGGUCUUUCAGGAAAACAAGCAACAAGAACUCACUCACUCACUCAGAGAACCAUUGCGAUUCUAUUUUUCUUUUUUCAUUUGCUCGCAGAUUCAAAAAAAAGCAUUCGCUUCUGUUUCAUCGAUUCUCUCACGUACGUACGGUUCACCCAUUGCCGUGUUGAAUGAGAAGUCUUAGAAAACUGUUUCACCAGCGCUCUGUUCGAUUUUGACUUGACCUUCUUACAACUUGUUUGGUUCAUUAUAGUUUUUUAAAUUGGUGGAAACGUACAAGUUAUAUGCAUCAGUUUUGAUCUUGCAAUCUGCUGAUCUAAUAGUGACUAUUGAAGUUAGUCCAAGAGUAAUCAAGCCUUGAGGUUCUGGUGGGAAGUCAUGGAUAUUGGGACUGCUGACUCUGAACCUAGACGAAGUGGAUCAUUUAGUUGCACAAGCAGUGCCAAUUCUUCAUUGAAAAGGCGUUCUAUAAGUUUGUCAGCAGCUGCACCUGUUCAUAUUGAUGAUGACAUUGAAAGUGAGAUUGUCUCAGAGGCAGGAGAUAUCGGGGAUCGGGCUCUUCAUAGCAACAGGCACAGUGAGAGUAGCAGCUACCGCUUUUCUGUUGAUCAUGCAUUAGAGAAUGGAGUAUCUGCUCCCACUUCUGGGGAUAAUCUGUUGCACCUUAAUAGGUAUUGGUCUCGUGAUCCACCAACAAUGACUGCGAUCUCCGUAGUGACACCAUUGCCUGAGGAAAUCAUAUCUCCCCUUUCCAAAGAUGCAAUUGUGUGCUCUAAAGACAAAAAGCAAGACGAUAAGGAAAGGUUGCCAAAGUUAUUGGAAUAUGCUUUGUGCCUCAUUCAUUUAGCUGUUUUUGGAAUUCUUGGGGUUUUGACAAGGUAUGUGCUAAAAAAGCUGUUUGGUCCCGGAGUCGCUGGCUUGACAAACGAUGAAAACAUUUUGUACCUUGACCUUCCUUCCAAUAUGGUUGGUUCUUUCUUGAUGGGGUGGUGGGGUAUUGUUUUCAAAGCAGACAUAUCCAGCGUGUCAGACUACCUAGCAAUAGGAUUGACAACCGGUUAUUUGGGAAGUCUUACAACUUUCAGCGGUUGGAACCAGAAAAUGCUUGAUCUUAUUGUUGAUGGCCACUGGGUGCUUGCUGUGCUUGGUUUUCUUGUAGGCUUGUUUCUUGCGGCCUAUGCCAUUAUUUUUGGGAUUGAGACAGCCAAGGGUUUCAGGUGGCUUCUAACAAGGCGAAAUGCGUGUACAGGAAGUGGCACUUCAAGCUCAAGCUGCAACUGGAGGGUGAACAGCUUCAAGCGUCACUUAGCAGUCAUGGUGGUGUUGAUUUUGAUGCUAGGCUUGUUAUGGGGUGCAUUUGGAGCACUGUUGAGGGAGGAGUUUAGCAGUGGCAGCAGUGGUGCUCAGCUAUGGUUGGCUUGUUUUGUUGGACCUCCAGGUGUGUGGAUCAGGUGGUUCUUAGCCAGACUUAAUGGGCGUGGGUUAGGCAGGGCUGGUUUGUUUAAAUGGGUGCCAUUUGGGACUCUAGCGGCCAAUGUUUCUGCAGCCUGCGUCAUGGCAGCACUAUCUACUGUGAAGAAAGCUGUGAAUAGCCAGACUUGUGAUACUGUGGUAUUGGGCAUACAACUUGGAUUCUUGGGCUGUCUGAGUACUGUCUCUACCUUCAUUGCCGAGUUCAAUGCAAUGAGAGAAAGCGAACGCCCUUGGAGGGCAUAUGCAUAUGCCUUGAUUACCAUUUGCAUCUCAUUUGGGUUGGGGAUAUUAAUAUACUCUGUACCUGUUUGGACAAAGGGGUAUGGGUAAAUAUGUUUUUGUUUUUUUGUUUUUUGGUGGAGGUAGAGCAUGUUGAUGGCAGCCUUUUUGUGUAAAUCAUAUAUGCCUUUAUAUCAAGUUGACAUUUAGUUGACCAAAAUUCCGAGGAGAUAGUUAUAAUCAGCAUGUAUGACUUGAUAUCAAGUUGGCAUCCAGUUGCCUAGAAAGCUGAGGGAUCCUAAAAAUUCGUAUAGGUACUACAGAAUUAUCAACAGAUAGAGUAUUUUGUUUAUAAGUUCAGUGUAAAGUGGUGGUUAUGCCAUCAUGCCUUUGCAAGUGCCAGACAUUUUGAAGCACAUUUUGCUUUGUUAACAUUUGUAUAGGAGGUCCUUGAUCUUGAAAUCUGUGUCGAUGAUUGAUGUACUUUUUUUUUUUUUUUAAUAAUUUAACAGUUGGGGGAGGGGGGUUUCUAAUCCCGAAUAUCUCCCUUGUAAAUAUCACGAAGAGCCUAUUGAGGUAAGGCACUUGGCAUUGACAUUUGACAAUUAACAAAUGUGAAUUGAGCGUAGAGUUGUGGAUGGUGUGCACCAAUUUUGCCCUCAAGCUCAGAGCUUCAACUCCCUAUUCUAGUUUUUAACGUAUUAGGCACUUUGGUUGACUUAUGCGGAGUUUUAUUGUCUGCUCGAAGAAACGGCCUAGUGCAGGAGAUGUGCGUCAUGGUAAAUUGUAGUGAACUUUGACCAAAGUUUCAGAAGUGUUUGCCAGUCAUUCCAUGGCCAAGCUUGAAAUGCAUUUAAUGCAAUCUUUAAAAGGAGCAAUACGCUGUGAUUUUUUUUUUUUUUUUUUUUUUUUUUUUUUUAAUUUAGAAAUUUGGUUAUUCACUGGCAGCAUGAAUUGAAGUUGAAUGGGUUUUGUUUGAA